AUGAUCGACACCGCCCACACCACAGAGAAACAUCUGAGGCUGCUCUCUGCUCCUCUCACACCGCUACAGUGUGAUGUAGAGCAGCAGUGUGUGUGUAGAGCGUUGAGGAGGCUCAGAGUGAUGAUGAGGAGCGAGAUGAUGAUGAUGCUGCUGCUGCUGCUGCUGUGUGUGAGCGACGGAGCGCUCCCACCCUGCUCAGUGGGUCCGGUCGUCACGGUGCCACAGCUCAGUAAAGUGUCUGUCUCCUGUCCGCCCGUCCUGUCCAACAGCUCAGAGCUCAGUUACCAACUCCUGUUCAACGGCAGCAUCAUCAACCAGAUCCGCCUGAGUGAGGCUUCGGACUCUGCAGUCAGCUGGUUCUCGGCUCAGUUUGAAGUCUCGGUGAACGUCAGUGGAGAGUUUGUGUGCAGCCGGCUGCAGAUUUAUCCUCCACCGUACAGACAGGACUGUCUGUCCACCGUCGUCUCCGUCUCAGGUGAGCUCGCUGCCAACGACAGCGUCCCUGCAGCCAAUCAGAGCGCUCCUCUCAGGUCUUCGUCUGUCACAGAGGAGCUGCUGUGGGCGGGAUGUGUCGUUUUAUUGGUCUACAGCCUGUCAAUCACCUGCAUCGCCAUCGUUAUCUGGAGGAAGAUGAAGAGAGACGACGAAGUCUCACACGACUACUUCAACACCCGACCCGGAGGGAGCCGCAAGCCCUGCUGACUUUAACCUGCUGUCAAUCACAAAGAUAGGAGAUUCUUUCUAUAUGUGUGGAGAUGAAACUUGAUAUCAAACUACAUGAAACAUAUUGAGAUUCUAGAGAUUCCAUAGAAUAACACAGGUAAUGUGGCAUAAAUCAUAAAAACAAGUUAAAUUUCUUAGACAAUUAAAACAAAUGCAAAUAAAAUGGAAUUUAUAUAUAAAUGCUUUUCCAGGUAUCCUUAAUGUCUUAAAAUCAGUUUUCUCCACAUAUUAUACAUAUUGAAGUAUUGUCAUGUUUCAAGCCUCUCCUGUCCUCUCCUCUCGGCUCUGUGUAAACAGUUUUUCUGUGAAUAUUCAGUGAAUAUUUGUCACACUGCAAAAAAAGAAAAGUUGGGUGAACUCAAAAUUUCACGGCAACAAACUUCGAUAAAAU